UCAAACAGAGAGAGAAUGUCAAGACGUGUCUAUCCAACAGACCCAACCAAUCUGUUGUCAACAGAUGCUUCACUUGCUGCUGGACAACAGCCAAUGAUGGGCACAAUGCCACCUCAACAGCAACAACAGGGAAUGCCAUAUGGCAAUGAUCAAUCAAACAUGAUGAUGCAACAACAGCAGCAGUAUCCACAACAGCAACAACAACAGUAUCCACAACAACAACACAAUCCUUCACCAACAUUCCCACCCGCCGUCGCCACGGCAACCAACAACUACAAUCAGCAACAGCCAAUGCAGCCAAUUCAGCCACUUCAGCCACAGGCCCCUCCCCCAGCUGGCGGUCCAACUCCACAGACCACAUUCCACACAUCCAAGCGACACUAUGUAGUUGACCCAGACAAUGCCACACCAGUGGUCAACGCAAUGUCUUCAAUGUCACUUGGUGAGCAGAAUCAGCAGCUGCAACAGCAACAGAUGCAUCAGCAGCAACAGCAGCAGCCAUACUCAGGCAUGCCAACCCAACCAACCUAUCCAGUCCAAUCACAACCAUAUGCUCCACAGCCAACCUAUACACCAUCGCCAGCAGUGGUGCCAACCCAGCCAUACCAACCACAACAGCCAGUGGUCCCACAGCAGCCCUAUCAACCGGUCGCCCCUCAACAACAUGCUACAUUCCCCGGCCAGCAGCAGCAACAACAGCAACAGCAACAGUAUGGAUACACUGGACAGCCACAGCAACAGCAACAGCAACAUCAAGGCUACACUGGAGCGAUGCCAGUCCAAGGCCAGACACAACAGCCAUAUCAACAGCAACAUGCCAACAUACCAUACAUGCCAAACCCAAUGCAGAUGGCCACUCAGCCCAUGGGCUCCGUGCCCUAUCACUCACAACAAGGUGGCAGCGGCGGCCUACCAACAAACAUUGAGCAGACCAUGCCUACACCAGAGAACCUCUGUCCCAAGUCCUACCUGAGAAUGUCAAUGAAUGCCAUCCCCAGCCAGGCAUCAAUCCUCAGCAAGAUACACAUUCCACUCGGUUGUAGCAUUCAUCCAUUUGCCAAUGAUGAAGCUAACCCAGUGCCGGUGAUCUCAUCGACCAUCGUCAGAUGUAAGAGAUGUCGUGCCUACAUCAAUCCAUUCGUCACAUGGUUGGAUGGUGGUGGAAGAUGGAAAUGCAAUGUUUGUGAUAUGAUCAAUGAUACUCCACAAGACUACUUCAGCCCAAUCGAUUUGACAACUGGCAAGCGAGCCGAUAUUGCCACUAGACCUGAGCUGCAGAGAGGAUGCGCCGAAUUCUUGGCCACGAGCGAAUAUACCAUCCGUGCCCCACAGCCACCCGUUUACUUUUUUGUCAUUGACGUCUGUUAUGAAUCAAUCGUCUCUGGAAUGCUCAACACUGCCAUAGAGGCAAUCAAGGCCUCGCUCGAUAACUUAGACUUGCCAGGAGACACUAGAACACGCGUUGGCUUCAUGACGUUUGAUGAUUCACUGCACUUCUAUAACUUGAAGUCGAGUUAUGGACGUCCACAGAUGUACGUUGUGACUGAGAUGGACAGCAUCUUUGUGCCACCAUUCGAGGAGUUCUUGGUCAACCUCAAGGAGUCCCGCGCCAUCGUCGACUCCUGUCUAGACAUCAUCAAACAGAUGGAGCGAAAGACACAAAAGGUCGAGUCCUGUCUCGGCUCAGCUUUGAAGGCUGCCUUCCAAAUUUGUCAAAAGGUUGGAGGCAAGAUUGUUGUAUUACAAAGUUAUAUACCUAGAGGACCAUUUGGAAAGCUGCCGAUUCGUGAGUUCCAGUCGUUGUUGGGUACAAAGAAGGAGACACAGCUGUUGCAGCCACAGGACGCUGGCGACUUUUACAAGGAGUUGGGCCUCAACUGCUCGAGCCACCACCUAUCAGUCGACUUAUUCCUGUUUGCCACCGACUAUGUCGAUGUAGCCUCGUUGUGCUGCCUGCCCCAGAUCACGGGCGGUGAGCUCUUCUACUACCCCGCUUUCGUUGCCAGUCGCGACGGCCAGACGUUUGCCGCCAAUCUGAUGCAGGUGCUGACCAGACCCACGGGUUGGGAGUCGGUUAUGCGUGUCAGGACCAGCCGCGGUCUCACCACCAACGUCUACCAUGGCAACUACUUCCUCAAGUCGUCUGACCUGCUAUCCCUGCCAACGAUCGACGCCGAAAAGUCCUUCACACUGCAGAUGGGCAUCACGGACAACAUCACCAGCAAGUACGUGGCAGUCCAGUGCGCGCUCCUCUACACUCACUCGUGCGGCGAGCGUCGCGUCCGUGUCUACACGGUCAGCAUCCCCGUCGUCGUGUCAUACGCUGAGCUGUUCAAGCAGGCCGACAUCUCCGUCGUGGCCAGUCUGAUCAGCAAGAUGGCCAUCGACAAGGCCCUGGCGUCUAGUUUGUCAGACGCGCGCGAGGCCAUCGCAAACAAGUGCGUGGACAUCCUGACGGCCUACCGCAACAUGCUUACAUCUGGCGGCUCGCAGACGUCCAACUCUGUCACGCUGUCGGCACAGACACCCAAGCUACAGCUGCCCGAGUCACUGAAACAUCUGCCUCUCUACGUUGUAGCCAUGGUCAAGAGCAUUGUGUUCACAUCGCGCCAGACGCACCCAGACAUGCGCGCAUUCCACAUGCACCGCAUGAAGAUGGUGGACAUCACAUCGUGCCUCAACUUUUUCUAUCCACAGUUCUACUCGCUGAUCCGUCCGCCCCAGCAGGCCGACCACCAGGGCGACGCCACACUGCCCACGGUCUCUGCACUGCCCACCUCGAUGAAGCUGUCGUCCGACCAGCUGUCGCGCGCUGGCAUCUUCAUCCUCGUGAAUGGCUUUGCCAUCUACAUGUACGUGGGUGAGGCGUGUCCACCCGAGACGAUCCGCGACGUCUUUGGCUGCGACUUUGUCCAGCUAGACGCACUGACUUUCCAGGGCCUGCCCACCAUCGACAAUGACAACUCUCGCUAUGCGCGCAAGGUGUUGGAGAUGGCACGCUCGUCCUAUCCCGAAUACCAACGUAUCUCUCUGGUCAAGUCCAACGACAAGCAGCAAAGCAUCGACUUUACAUCGAUGUUGAUCGAGGAUCGUACUCCAGAAGGUGGCUCCUACUAUGAGUUUAUCAUGCAAUUACAGAAUAGACUCCAACAA